UCUGACGUGGCGCUUCCGGCGCGCGGGCGGCGGCGGCGGGAGGCGGUCAGGGAUGGGCUGACGCUGCCCCGGGCUGGGCACUGAGGGGCUGCGGGACCCCCCGGGACCCUCCGCCAGCCCCGGCGAGGGGAGCGCGGCCGGGGAGCGAGAAGGAACAGCCCGCAGUGAGGAACUCCCGUCCCUCGGGGUCUCCGGUCACCGGGAGCAGCGCCGGGAUCUGUUGGAAGGUGACCGCGGACGGGUCCCUGCUGGCAUCCACACCGGGCACGGGGGGGGUUGAGGAAGGAAUAAAGACCCCAGGCUGAGCGGGGGGAUCCCGGAGAUGGAGCCCCCCGCCGCCCCCCUCAUCCCGGGGGUGGGGGACGAGGUGACACUGGUGGCCGGGCUGGCGGUGCUGGCGCUGGCGCUGGUGCUGGCCUGGCUCUCCACGUACGUGGCCGAUGGCACCAGCCAGAUCCUGGGCACGGGAGACGCCGCCGUCAUCCGCCUCGGGCCCCUCCCGCCCUACGCGGGGGCCGCGGGGGCGGCAGAAGCCCCAGAGCCCCCCGGGGUCCCCGAGAACGCGGAGGAGAAAACUGAAGAGGAAGGGGCAGGGCCGGCGGCGCAGGGGGACAGCGGGACCACCCCCGAUCCCGGCCUGGAGCAGCUGCUGGAUGUCCCGAGCUUGUCCCAAGGGAUGGCUGAGCCCCGACCCUCCGAGGAGGGGGAUCUGUGCCCUGGACUUAUCAAGAUCCGCCUCAAGUUCCUCAACGACACCGAGGAGGUGGCGAUGGCCCGGCCCGAGGACACCGUGGGGGUCCUCAAAAGCAAAUACUUCCCGGGUCAGGAGAGCCAGAUGAAGCUCAUCUACCGCGGGCAGCUGCUGCAGGACCAGGCGCGGACGCUGCGCUCGCUCCGCAUCACGGACAACUGUGUCAUCCACUGC